AUGACAACGAGGAGGAAGCCGACGCAGGCGGAAUGGGACGGACUCCAACCUGAAAUCGUCCGACAAUACACCACGGAAGGUCGAACGGUUAGAUGGAUUGUUGAGGACCUUAACAAUCGUGGCCUAGCCAUAACCAAAAAGAUGCUCUGGGAUCGAUUCAGGAUGUGGCGGGUUCCUCGCAAGUACAAUGCAAAACAAGUCGGCAACAGUCGUCCGGCAUCGGCACUGGUAAUCAGUCCCCAGAGAGCGAUGACUACCUCGCCAGAGCGUCAAUCAUUCUUCACGGCCAUGACGAAUGUGGGCGAUUGGUUUCGGAGCAUCGUCGAAGCAGAAACAUGGAGGCCUUGGGCAAGCGAGCGUAGGAUCGACAUGCAGAGGCUGGUGUCCAGAGCCCACAUGGCCAUCGAUAGCGAGAGCUACGAUACCAAAGCGAGGCUGCAUGAGCUGCAUGGCAUCGAGGACCAAUCUCGAGAACUCGUGGCUGGCACGAGCAACGCCAAGAUGCACCCGAGAGUGCUGACUGCGUUGAUGCGGCUGUGGAUAGCCGACUGGCAGACGACGCCUUGGAAGGAACAAAUGCUGAAAGUGUUUCAAAAACGAUGGAUCGAUCGCGUUAUCGACGAAGAUGCAGACUUCGCUGUCCGGGACCAGAUAUACGGCACUCGAGUCUUGGCCUCGAUUGGAAGACCAGGCAAAGCGGCAGAACUACUCCAGCAGACCGACGUGCGGCGUGAAGUGACUGGUCAUACACUUGCCGACUUCUAUAGUACUCGGGGGUACGCCUAUCUACAAGACAAGCACUUUCAAGAAGCUAUACCGGACCUCCAGACCGCAAUCAAGACAUUCCAAGGGAUUGGUGAAGAAGAUAGCGAAGGCGCAGAGUACGCACACUUCUGCCUGGCAAUGUGCUAUGAGGGCAUCGGAGAAGUGGGAUCGCAGGAGUACCACCUCAAGGCCGCCUUGUGCGCAUGGGAGUCCAACGCUGUGCUGCAAAAGAAUCAAGGAGCCAUCAAGAUCGUACUGGACCUUCACAGAGUCUAUGAAGAACAGGGAAAGCAAAAAGAAAUGCAACAACUGAAGGAGAGAUAUCAUUCCUACUUUGAAGAAGUUCCGGCUGAGCCAAGCUGA